AUGGUGAACUUCACAGUAGACGAGAUCCGUAAGAUGAUGGACAAGAAGAAGAAUAUUCGGAACAUGUCUGUCAUCGCCCAUGUGGAUCACGGAAAAUCAACUUUAACUGACUCUUUGGUAUCCAAAGCUGGUAUUAUUGCUAAUGCCAAAGCUGGAGACAUGCGUUUCACUGACACUCGUAAAGAUGAACAAGAUCGUUGUAUCACUAUCAAGUCCACUGCCAUCUCUAUGUACUUCGAACUCGCAGAAAAAGAUUUAGUCUUCAUUAAGAACGUAGACCAACGCGAUCCUGAAGAAAAUGGUUUCUUAAUCAAUUUGAUUGAUUCUCCUGGUCACGUUGAUUUCUCCAGUGAAGUUACUGCUGCCCUCCGUGUUACUGAUGGAGCCCUAGUUGUUGUUGACUGUGUCUCAGGUGUGUGUGUACAAACUGAAACUGUGUUGCGUCAGGCCAUAGCUGAGAGAAUCAAGCCAAUUUUGUUCAUGAACAAAAUGGACCGUGCCUUAUUAGAAUUACAAUUGGAAUCUGAAGAUUUGUACCAAACUUUCCAACGUAUUGUUGAAAAUGUUAACAUCAUUAUUGCUACAUACUCUGACGACAGUGGUCCCAUGGGUGAAGUUCAGGUUGACCCUAGCAAGGGAAGUGUUGGUUUUGGAUCAGGUCUUCACGGUUGGGCUUUUACUCUAAAACAGUUUGCUGAAAUGUAUGCCGAAAAAUUCAAGAUUGAUGUUGUUAAACUCAUGAACAGAUUGUGGGGAGAAAAUUUCUUCAAUGCCAAAACAAAGAAAUGGGCCAAGCUUAAGGAUGACAAUAACCAACGUUCUUUCUGCAUGUACAUUUUGGAUCCUAUUUACAAGGUAUUCAACUGCAUCAUGAACUAUAAGAAAGAUGAAGCUACUGAUCUUUUGAAGAAGCUUGGAAUUGAAUUAAAACACGAAGAUCAAGAUAAGGACGGAAAAGCCCUGUUGAAGGUUGUUAUGCGUACCUGGUUGCCUGCUGGAGAAGCUCUACUUCAAAUGAUAGCCAUCCAUUUGCCAUCUCCUGUUGUUGCCCAGAAAUAUCGUAUGGAAAUGUUGUACGAAGGACCUCAUGAUGAUGAAGCAGCUCUUGGUGUUAAGAACUGUGACCCAGAUGCACCACUUAUGAUGUACAUUUCCAAGAUGGUGCCGACAUCUGACAAAGGACGUUUUUAUGCUUUCGGGCGUGUAUUCUCUGGAAGGGUUGCUACUGGUAUGAAAGCUCGUAUUAUGGGACCUAACUAUACCCCUGGCAAGAAAGAAGAUUUGUAUGAAAAGGCUAUCCAAAGAACAAUUUUGAUGAUGGGACGUUAUACUGAAGCUAUUGAAGAUGUUCCCUGUGGUAACAUUUGUGGAUUGGUUGGUGUUGAUCAGUUUUUGGUGAAAACUGGAACAAUUACAACCUUCAAAGAUGCUCACAACAUGAAAGUUAUGAAGUUCAGUGUAUCCCCUGUUGUGCGUAUUGCUGUAGAGCCCAAGAACCCGGCAGAUUUACCAAAAUUGGUAGAAGGUCUUAAACGUUUAGCCAAGUCUGAUCCCAUGGUCCAGUGUAUCAUUGAAGAAUCAGGUGAACACAUUGUUGCUGGUGCCGGUGAAUUGCAUUUGGAAAUUUGCUUGAAGGAUUUGGAAGAAGAUCAUGCUUGCAUUCCAAUCAAGAAGUCUGAUCCAGUGGUAUCAUACAGGGAAACUGUCAAUGAAGAGUCUGAAAUCAUGUGCUUGUCAAAAUCUCCCAACAAACAUAACAGAUUAUUCAUGAAAUGUCAACCAUUCCCAGAUGGUUUGGCUGAAGACAUUGAAGGCGGUCAAGUCAACCCAAGAGAUGAAUUCAAAGCUCGUGCCCGUUACUUGGGUGAAAAAUAUGAAUAUGAUGUUACUGAAGCUCGAAAAAUCUGGGCUUUUGGUCCUGAUGGAACCGGCCCCAAUUUGUUGAUUGAUUGUACCAAGGGAGUACAGUAUCUUAAUGAAAUUAAGGAUUCAGUCGUUGCUGGAUUCCAAUGGGCAACCAAAGAGGGAGUGUUGGCAGAAGAAAACAUGCGUGCAGUUAGAUUCAAUAUUUAUGAUGUUACAUUACACGCUGAUGCUAUCCACAGAGGAGGUGGUCAAAUCAUUCCAACUGCUCGUCGUUGUAUGUACGCUUCGAUUUUAGCUGCUCACCCCAGAAUUAUGGAACCUGUGUACUUGUGUGAAAUUCAGUGCCCUGAAGUUGCAGUAGGAGGUAUUUACAGUGUUUUGAACAGACGUAGAGGACACGUUUUUGAAGAGAGUCAAGUUGUCGGUACACCCAUGUUUGUCGUUAAAGCAUACUUGCCUGUCAAUGAAUCUUUUGGAUUCACAGCUGAUUUGCGUAGUAACACUGGAGGACAAGCUUUCCCACAGUGUGUAUUUGAUCAUUGGCAAGUAUUCCCAGGUGACCCAUGUGAAACUGGAUCGAAACCAUACGUUGUUGUUAUGGACACACGUAAACGCAAAGGUCUUAAGGAUGGACUACCAGACAUCAAUUCAUACCUUGAUAAAUUGUAA